GCAAAAGUUUUCCAAUUCUUUUUUCACUAAAUGGGCUUAAAGACAUACACGAACUAUCAAAAUAAAGUUGAUUUCAUGUAUCUAAAUGUAAAUGAAGAUGAAAUUUGCGUUUUGAAAUUCAUUUGUCCGCGGCUUCUGAAAGUGGUUAUGUACAUUUACUUCUUCAUUUAAGUAAAAGAAUGUUAACCAUAGUACUUUUUUUUAGCUACUCCCGUAAGAUAUGUGUUCUUAAUGCAGAAUCAUUGUGUUUGCACUUUGCACUGGAUAAACACUCAAUUUUAUUUUGACAGUCCGUGCGCAACGCGUAACGUAAAAUGCAGUCACUGGGCCAAGUGCUUAAGUAUAUUUAGCGAAAAAAUAAAUUAGAGCAAUUUAGGAAUUAUUUUGAAUACAGUUAACAUUUAUAUAUAUUUUCUACAAAAAAUUGUGAAUAAGAGAAUACAUCAAUCUUUUUACAUUUCUAACGUAUUAAAAGUCUCUACGGUAUUAUGCAAUGCAAAAGCCGCCCAUUAGCUUAAAGAAUUCUACACAUAAAAAUAUUGCUUUCUUUAACUAACUUAAUGCAAAUGGUUUAUGUGUACGUAGUGCUUACCACAUUGGUAAGCGUUACUUGUAUGCUAGGUGAUAAUUUUGUGGAUAUUACACAACACCCGUUGUUAAGAGCCUUGGUCGACAAUGCUACGCAUGCAGCCGUUGGUGCCUUAUCAGGUGUUGCAUUUGCCGUACAAUUUUAUGGAAAGACUACAUAUUUCUUUGGUUGGUUAUUGAUGUUUACAUGUUUCGCUUGCUCUUCUCUAAUAGAUAUGGAUCAUUUUAUUGCAGCACGUAGCUGGAACUUGGAGGAUGCAACUAAUUUGACCUGCCGGCCUUUUUUACACUGCUCCACAAUUAUUUUACUUUUGCUAUUUAUCUAUUUAUGUGUGUCUUGUUUGAAUUAUAUGAGGUGCAGUUUAUUGUUGGGUGCUACGUUAUGUGCCUUUGUAACACAUCACACACGUGACGCCCUCAGGCGUGGAUUUUGGUUUUGUCCUUUCGGUCACACCAAUCGUAUAUCAAAUUUAACCUACAUCUUAAUAACAAUUAUAACACCAUAUGCAAUAAGUUAUCUGCACGGUUUAUGUCGCAAUCUGAUUGUACAACAAUUUGUGGGUCAAUUUAUUAAAUUGAAUGACAGCCAUCUUGAAGACAAACGCGGUUACCGUUACAUGCAAGUGUAAGUACUUGCCUUUGAAUAACUGUGACCUAAUGAAACUUUCAGCUUUAAACGAUUCUUUUAAAAAAUAGUCAAUGAAAAAGAUCAAUUAUUUGUAACAGUAACGCUAAGUGGUAGAUUUAUAUGUAAUACGUGAAGUGCAUUCGAAUCCGUUUAUAUAUUGCAAUUUCCAUAGUGAUAGUAAGUCUUUGCGUUAAGAUCUAAUUGAAGUAUGUGCCUAUAUUCAAGCAAUUUCUAUCCCAAAUGCGCACCAUUUUAAUCGUCAAUCUAAUUAAAAACGAAAAUGUUUGAAAGUACAUAUAACAGAUAGAAAACUAAUUUACACAUUUAGUAAGCGGUUUUUAAUAGAUUCAAUAAAAAGAGAUUGUGAUAAGUAGCCAAAUAUUAGAAAAAAAAAAAAAUAAUACAUAUUAAUCAUUUUACUAUGCACGAGAAU